CUCAUUACAAUUUCUAGACAAUUUUUUCUUAAUUUUUUAAAAUUUUAAUUAUUAAAUUUAGCGGUGUCCUAAUAUUUCUGGAAAAUCGGUGCCUCUUUUGCAUGGUCUAGAGCGAUUUCCAGCCUCUGGUCAGCUCUCCUUGGUUCUGUUCUGGAGGUUGGUAGUUCAAUUUGAGAUCUGCCCACUUGAGUUGGAAUCUUUCUUUCCCUUCUUGAUACCAAAACCUGACUCUGUCUGGUUUAGAAGGGAAAGAAAGAUAAAAUUUUGAGGGAGAAUCAAUCUUUUUUUUUCUUGGUCGAUUUGCGAAUAUUUGGAUUUUGGAAUCUGGAAAUGAGCGUUAUUUCUGGUGUUAUUUCGCGGCAAGUAUUGCCUGCAUGCGGUAGCCUUUGUUUCUUUUGCCCUGCUAUGAGGGCAAGGUCCAGACAGCCAAUCAAGAGGUACAAGAAGCUCAUUGCUAGUAUUUUUCCUCGAAACCAGGGUGAUGGGCCAAAUGAUCGUAUGGUUGGAAAACUAUGCGAAUAUGCUGCUAAAAAUCCUUUGCAUAUGCCGAAGAUCGCAAAUUCUCUUGAACAAAGGUGUUAUAAGGAACUGAGAAACGAGAACUUUCAAUCUGCAAAGAUUGUGAUGUGCAUUUACAAGAAAUUGUUGGUCUGUUGUAAGGAGCAAAUGCCUCUGUUUGCAAGUAGCUUACUGAGCAUUAUGCAUAUUCUAUUGGAUCAAACUCAACAGGAUGAACUACAAAUUAUAGGUUGUGAGACUCUUUUUGACUUUGUAAAUAAUCAGAAGGAUGGAGCUUAUGUGUUCAAUUUAGAAGGCUUUAUUCCUAAACUGUGUCAAUUAGGUCAAGAGGUGGGAGAAGAAGAAAGGGCACAAGGUCUACGUUCAGCAGCAUUGCAAGCCCUUUCUUCCAUGGUUUGGUUUAUGGGUGAACACUCACAUAUUUCAUUGGAGUUUGACAAUAUUGUUUCAGUUGUCUUGGAAAAUUAUGGAGAUCCUACAAAAAUAUCAGAGAACCUUGACACUAACAAGCAAGGUGCUCAGGAUAGGUGGGUUCAAGAAGUCCGCAAAAAUGAGGGUCAUGUGAUUCAUGUCAUUCCAUCAGAAGUCAUUAGAAGGGUUCCUUCUUGGAGAACACUUGUAAAUGAAAAAGGAGUCAAUGUGACAGUGGAAGAUGCGCAGAAUCCCAUCUUUUGGUCCUGGGUUUGCUUGAAUAACAUGGCCCAGCUAGGGAAGGGGACCACAAGCAUUCGGCGUGUAUUAGAAUCUUUGUUCCGUUACUUUGAUUGUGCAAAUUUAUGGUCUCCUGAAUAUGGUCUUGCAUUCCCAGUGUUAAGGGAUAUGCAGUUUUUAAUGGACAAUUCUGGGCAAAAUGCACAUGUUCUGCUGUCAACAUUGAUUAAGCAUCUUGAUCACAAAAAUGUCCUUAAACAACCCAAGAUGCAGCUUGAGAUUUUUGAGGUUAUAUCCUCUCUUGCUCAACAUGCAAAGGUUGAGUCUUCUGUAGCAAUAAUUGGUGCAGUGAGUGAUCUUAUGAGGCAUUUGCAGAAAGGCAUACAUUGCUCACUUGAUGAUGUGAAUCUGGGCAAUGACAUUAAAAAUUGGAACAAAAGCUAUAGAGAAGCAGUGGAUAAAUGCCUUGUGGAAUUAUCAUAUAAGGUUGGAGAUGCAGGCCCAAUUCUUGAUGUUAUGGCUGUGAUGUUGGAGAACAUCUCUACUAUUGCAGUUAUGAGCAGGGCAAUAAUCUCUGCUGUUUAUCGUACUGCUCAAAUUGUAGCUCCAAUGCCAAAUUUGUUGUAUCAAAACAAGGCAUUCCCUGAGACUUUAUUUCAUCAAUUAAUCCCGGCUAUGGUCAACCCUGACCAUGAAGCACGACUUGGAGCCCACCGCAUCUUUUCUGUUGUUCUAGUGCCAUCUUCAAUUUGCCCCCGUCAAUCCUCAAGUAAUCCUGAAUCAAAGAAAGGCUUAAAUCUUCGAACACUUUCAAGAACUGUGUCUGUCUUUUCAUCCUCAGCUGCUCUUUUUGAGAAACUAAGGAAAGAGAAAACGUCCUUUAAGGAAAAUGCCCGCCAAGACAACCAAGAAACUGUUGUAGAAGGUGAACAAAUCAGGAACGCUAGGGUUGAUACUUUGAAAUUCUCAUACAGUCGAAUUUACAGGGGUGAAAAUUCUCUUGCACCUUUAACAACAGAUGAAAAUCCUGUGAGCACUAAGGAAACGGAUGCAGGUUCUCUAAGGCUCAGUAGUCUUCAGAUUAAUAUGUUACUGGCAUCGAUUUGGGUACAGUCCAUUUCUCCAGCAAAUACACCUGAAAACUAUGAAGCAAUUGCUCAUACAUAUGGCCUGGUUAUGCUAUUCUCUCGAGCCAAGAACUCCAGUAUUGAGUCUUUAGUUCGAAGCUUUCAGCUUGCAUUUUCCUUAAGAAACAUAGCUCUUAACAAAGGAGGGCCACUCCCACCAUCACGUCGUAGAUCUCUCUUUACCUUGGCAACUUCAAUGAUUCUCUUUUCAUCAAAAGCAUAUAAUAUUGUUCCAAUUGUUCAGUUUUCCAAGGUUUUGCUUACAGAAAAAAUGGUUGAUCCAUUUUUGCACUUGGUCAAUAAGAAGUUAAAGGCUGUUAAUGCUGGAUCUGACCACUCCAGAAAUAUUUAUGGAUCUAAGGAGGAUGAUGAUUCAGCAUUUAAAUUUCUUUCAGAAAUAGACAUUACAGGGGACCAAAGCAGGGAAUUCUUCGCUGCUGAGAUUGUUAAGAGCUUGGAAAAUGUUCCGGAUUCUGAAUUAUCCUUUGUGCACGAGCAGCUCCUUAACGAAUUCUUACCCAAUGAUGUGUGCCAAUUGGGAGGCCAGUUUAUGGAUGCUCUACUUCAACUUGAUCAGGAUGAUUCGAUGGUAACAGUAGAUGAAGACAUUCUCGUAGAUUCUGUAGAAGGUCAAGCCAAACCUAAUAAGGAGUUGAUCUUUCAGAACCAGAAACUUUUAAGCGUCAAUCAGCUUAUAGAAUCAGUCUUGGAUGCAGCACAUCAAGUUGGAAGAAUGUCUAUAACUGCACCUGAUUUGCCUUACAAAGAAAUGGCCCAUCACUGUGAGACACUUCUAAUGGGAAAGCAAAAGAAAAUUUCUAAUGUGAUGAGUGCCCAUAAGAAGCAGGAAAGUUUGAUUAGCUUCUGUGCAAAGAAUCAUUGUGAGGAGACAAGGAAGAUAGGCAGCCCUUUUCUUGACCUGAACUUCACUGCAAACUCACAAAGAUUAUCUAUUGCAACUAUUCCAAUGCAAUGUGCGACAGAAUAUCAACAUAAUCCUGACUUCUUCUGGCUACCAUCGUCGUGCCCGUAUGAUAACUUUCUAAAAGCUGCUGGUUGUUGAUCAUAAUGAAGCAUCUGAGAACAACACUUCUUCCCUAGGUAGACAAGAAACAUCUAGUACUAGAGUAAACAAGCAGUACAAAGUUUGUAGGCCUUGCAGCUACAGGAAAAUCUGCUGUAUUCCAAAACAGUAUUAGUUUACGUGAGAAGACACAGAGAUGCAAACAAUAAUGGUCGAUUUUUUUAAUGUUUUCUCAUCAAAUUAAUUUUUUUUUUCUUGUCGAACAACACUUCUUCCCUAGGUAGACAAGAAACAUCUAGUACUAGAGUAAACAAGCAGUACAAAGUUUGUAGGCUUGCAGCUACAGGAAAAUCUGCUGUAUUCCAGAACAGUAUUAGUUUACGUGAGAAGACAGAGAUGCAAACAAUAAUGGUCGAUUUUGUUAAUGUUUUCUCAUCAAAUUCAUGUUUUUUUUCUUGUCUCUACAAGAUUUUGAGCAGCGACUUGCCAUUUGCUUCUUCCUUGGUUGUCCAAAAUUUUUCGUCCUGAUUCAAGGAUUCAUUCCUUCGAUGUAAAGAACAGUAUAUCAAUAUGUAAUUCUUUCCAUCAAUGCAAUGAGAUAGAGCAUGUAAAUUUCA